ACACAAAAAUCGUUUCACAUUCUUCCACUAAUAUUCAAACUGCUUUUCCCCUUUUUCUCUCAAUUUUCCGUUCAGUCAUGCCGGAACCCCACUUGAACGGAGCUUAUUACGGUCCAUCAAUUCCACCGCCGUUAAAAACCUACCACCGUCCAGGCCACGGCGGCGGCGGAGGAGGUUGCUGUUGCAAUCCAUUCACCUGCUGUUGCAGCUGUAUCUUCAACUGCAUCUGCACUUGCAUCUUCCAAAUCCUCUGUACUCUCUUAAUCAUCAUCGCCGUCGUCGGAUUCAUCCUCUGGUUCGUUCUCCGUCCAAACAAGGUAAAUUUCCAUAUCUCCGAUGCUUCAUUAACUCAAUUCGAUUUCUCAACUAAAAACAAUACUCUUCACUACGAUCUACAUCUCAACGUCUCGAUUCGAAACCCUAAUAAACGAAUUGGGAUUUACUAUGAUUCAAUUGAAGCUAGGGCUAUGUAUCACGGCCAAAAUUUCUCGAUUGUGAAACCCGACCCGUUUUAUCAGGGUCACAAAAACACUACCGAUUUGAAGUUGGUAUUUACGGGUCAGGAUUCGGUUCAAUUAGGAUCCGAAUAUGAUUUUGAGAAGGGUACUGGGGUUUAUCAAAUUGGAUUAAGGCUUUAUUUGAGGAUUAGGUUUAAAUUUAGUUGGAUUAAGACUAAGAAGAUUAAGCCAAUAAUUAAUUGUGAUUUAAAAGUACCAUUUAAAGGUAAUGGUACUUUUAAGAGGACUCAAUGUAAUCUUGAUUGGUAAUUUUUUUGGUUUUAUUAUUUGUUGGAUUAUUGAGAUAUUAUUAUUCAAUCCAUUAGACAAUAUGGUAUUAUAA